AGAUUGUCUGCAUGGACGCGGCCUAUAAUGACACCACGACUGGCAAGAACUUCAAAGAUUGCGUCUCGUGUGCGCUCAACAGUACCUACUACGAUCCCAGUUCGUUGGUGACGGACGUGGACUGGGGAUUGUAUAACCUCCGCUAUGCGUUCAGCGCCUGUGUCUACGGUUAUCCGGCGGGCGUCGACAGCGUCUCGUCGCAGUGCUUGGUUUCCUGCCAAGGACUAGACAGCGCGAUCGAGUUCGACUUGCUCACUCCGAACGAUAUCAAUCUUCGCGCCUGGUGCUCCACCUCCACGUUUGCCGAUAAUCAGAUAGAAACCUGCGAGUUCUGCUACAACCUGACCGAAACGCAAGUGCUUAUGGCCAAUUUCAUCGAAGCCCUCCGCUAUGACUGCCACUUUCCCGUUCCAUCCCAAACAGCCUUCCCGAUCAGCCCGUCGUUGAUCUUUGCCCAGGAACAAUUACCUACCUAUAGCAGCAACCUGCUGGACACGCCCAGCGGAGGCGGGGUCAACUAUAAAUUGGCAACUCUGAUCGGCCUGCCGCUCAUGGGUUUCGUGAUUCUCCUUAUCAUCUUGACUAUCGGCUGUGUACUCGGCAUCAGCUGGUGGCGGCGCCAAGAGCGCGAGGACGAGGAGUUGCGCCAGUGGAAGGCCAUGGCGGCGGAGAAUCCGUGGAGCGAGUACCCACCGCCGGAGAUGUACUCGCAGCCGCAGCAGAUCACGCAGUACGGCUCGGGGUUCCAGGUCGUGGACACUGAUGGUCGCACUCAUGAGGUGGGGUAUUCUAAGAAGGUGAUAAUGAAUGUGUCGGAAGAUAAGGGGAAGAGUCCGUCGCAGGAGUAUCCGGGGGAGUUGAAGCUGUGAUGCGCAGAACUUGUCGGUAGCGUAUUGAAAUGAUGAAGUAACACCAAAGUGGGCGAAACGGUGGAUAUGAACCAUUUCCUUGUUUUUGUACCUGUCAUGUCAUUGUUAUUCUGUUUUGAUGUGCAUAAUGAGGCAUAUACCCCCGCAUUGCUGGUGCACAUAAACUCUAUUGAGUAUGAAUAUGAAUAAUGAGAGAAGCGAAUUCAAGUUGUGAAACAAUC